AUAAGCAGCAUUUUGUGCAAAGUCAUGCGAUGAAGAGUCGAAUUCUUCACCUCCGGUUGUGAGGUGAUCGGCAUUGCCUGGACAUGUCGGGUCCAUCCAUGUCUCCAUGGAGUCCUCUUCUUGAGUUUUUGACCGCCAGGAACCAAAUUUUGCUGAAGUCCUUCCUGUGAUUUGGGACUUAAUAAAGAUCAAAAGUUGAGUCCUUGAAAGGUUUUGUAGGCUGCGAAAGUUGACAGCUUCCCUAGUGCUGAUGUUCACCUAGCUUUCUAUGUAAUGGAUUCUGGUAUCCUGUCAGGAUGUCUCUGGUGAAGUUAUAGCAAUUAAAAUCCUCGCCAAUUGAAGUUUUGAUUUCGGGAAACUUGUAAAUCUUCCAAAAAUGGCACUUGCUUCUACCGAAAAAGUGAUUCUCGGGUCUAUUGCCUUUGCGAUAUUCUGGGUAUUGGCCGUUUUCCCAUCUGUGCCAUUCCUACCUGUAGGAAGAACAGCAGGUUCGCUCCUUGGAGCGAUGCUUAUGGUGAUUUUCCGGGUCAUAACCCCAGAGCAAGCUUAUGCUGCCAUUGACCUCCCAAUCCUUGGCCUUCUCUUUGGGACGAUGGUGGUUAGUGUAUAUCUGGAAAAGGCCGAUAUGUUCAAUUAUCUGGGUAAAUUGCUCUCCUGGAAAAGCAAGGGAGCACAUGACUUGCUUUGUCGGAUUUGCUUGAUCUCCGCCAUUUCAAGUGCUCUCUUCACAAAUGAUACGUCUUGUGUUGUUCUGACUGAGUUUGUGCUUAAAAUAGCUAGGCAACACAAUCUCCCGCCGCAUCCUUUUUUACUUGCCCUCGCCUCGAGCGCCAAUAUUGGGUCUUCGGCGACUCCCAUUGGGAAUCCUCAAAAUUUAGUCAUAGCCAUACAGAGUAAGAUCUCAUUUGGGAGCUUUCUCGUCGGACUCCUUCCUCCAAUGGCGAUCGGGGUUCUUGUCAAUGCGCUGAUUCUUCUAUGCAUGUACUGGAAGCUACUGUCCGUCCAAAAGGACGAAGAACACGCAGCUUCUGAAGUAGUGGCUGAGGAAGAUGUGAGUUCUCAUCGAUUUUCGCCUGCCACAAUGUCACACUUCACAUACCUAAACUCGCAAGAAGAGAACUCUAGGUUCGAGCCAAUGGACAUACAGAGCCCUCCCUCAACCGUAAAUGGGAAUGCAAAUCAAGUCGAGUCGCUUAGAAACCGGUUGACUUCUUAUGAGAAUGAAAUUCACCAGGUCUCAAGCAGUGCGCCUGCCUUGGCUAGGAACUCAACUGCAUCGGAAGAGACGCUUCACAACGGUGCUUCUCAGAAAAAGCAUGAAACGGCUGCUUCCAAGGAAGUCGUAUCUGUCAACGGGUUGAAUGAUGUGUUCCCAGUGAAGCAUUCGGAGGGGAAGGAAACACUUGCCUCUCGAUAUAAGAGGAUAUUGUGGAAAUCACGCGUUUACCUUGUCACCAUCGGUAUGCUGAUCUCUUUGUUGAUGGGUCUGAAUAUGUCUUGGACAGCUAUAACCGCCGCCCUGGCCCUCGUAGUUCUCGAGUUUAAAGAUGCUCAGUCUUGUCUAGAGAAGGUCUCCUACUCUCUGUUGAUAUUCUUUUGUGGAAUGUUCAUCACGGUCGAUGGAUUCAACAGAACUGGAAUUCCAAGCACUCUCUGGGACUGGAUGGAGCCACAUGCCAAAGUCAAUUUCACUAGCGGGAUAGCUGUUCUUGCUGUUGUCAUUUUGGUGCUGUCGAAUGUCGCUUCGAAUGUGCCAACUGUUCUCUUGCUUGGAAGCCAGGUGGCUGCAUCGGCGGCUGCUAUUUCAGCCACGAACGAGAAGAAGUCAUGGCUCAUAUUAGCUUGGGUGAGCACCGUUGCAGGGAAUCUCUCACUGCUUGGAUCGGCGGCCAACUUGAUUGUGUGUGAACAGGCUCGCCGUGCCCCGGACCUCGGCUACACUCUAUCCUUUUGGAACCACUUGAAGUUUGGAGUCCCUUCCACCAUUAUUAUAACUGCCAUAGGUUUGGCACUGAUAAGAUGACAAGAAGUAACUAAUAGCAUCUCUAGUGAAUGCUCAAUAGAUCUUUUAAUUAAGGCAAUUCUCACUGAAUUC